UCAGUGCUCAUGUGUGGCAGGGCUUGCUCUAUGUAAUCAUAUUGCAGCAUUGCUCUUCCAAACAGCACAUUACAGCCAACAGGGAGCGACAGCUGUCCCCCCUACUCACAGCUGCACAGGGUCUGAGCAGCAAUGGCAUAAACCCAGGACUCAGGGCUUUAAGCCUGGCCCAACCAAUGAAAUGGUGAUAUUGUCAGCUAGGCCCAAGGAGAGAAGAUUAGCAGAAGGCAUCAGGUAAGGUGUAGGAAUGGAAAGUAGUUUUACCACAUUUACUACAUAUUAUUGAAAAUAUGUAUUAAAAUGUAAAAUAGUAUUUUUUUCCCCAGAUUGGUUUAUGAUCUUUGUUAUCUGGACUGAACAUUACAUGAACCUUUAAUUAACACUGUGUACAUGUGUUAUAUGUAUGUUUUCAGGAGCAACCUGUAUAAAGCAGCCUGUAACCUGUGCCCGGUUGCAUGAAACUCCUUAAGCUAAGAAAUCCCUUAAAUAUAAGGUUAAGGGUACCCUUAGUGAAACUUGGGUUGCAAGAAAAAAACCCUAAGGGUUUUCUUAAGGAACUUAAGGCUGUUAUUAAGUUUUCCCCUUAAUUAUCUAAGUGUUUCUUUAAACGUUGCUACAAAGUCCUUAGCGACCAUUUCACCUUAAUAAAUUUAAGGGACCAAAACAGCUCCCUUAAAUCAACUGACACUCAAAAUACGAUGGCUGAUUUAGUGUUAAUUGAAGAGGAGGAAAUACCAAGGCGUGUUUUUAAUGAUCGCAAUAAUCCCUUGGAGACGAUGAAUGAUAUACAGUUAUUGAGAGAAUAUCGGUUUGACCGCCAGUCAAUCCUUCGUCUCACCGCGACACUAGAACAUGACAUUGAGCACCAAACCCGGCGGAGUUACGCAGUUCCAGCACUCUGUCCAGUUUGGUUUACGUUUUUUGAUUUCUGUUAUGUUUGUACUCUCCAUAGCACAAAUAUAUUCAUACAAAUGUGGUUUUAGCGAGGAUUUGGCUUUGUGGUUCGUUAUGUUCUGUUUACUGUUAGAGGUAGUAACUAUAGCAACCGCUGCGAUCAUUGCCGUAUGUUGUCAGAAACUACCGUGAAACGCUUAGUGUAAACACUUAGGUAAGGGUGAAAGUUAAGAAGUUUGUUGCAACGAUCUUGAAAUCCCUGAAAUCCCUUACCUCAGGGAUUUUUUCUCCCUCAGGGAAACCCUCACUUAAGGAGUUUCAUGCAACCGGGCACUGACCUGUGGCCUCCCAGACAUGUCAGUUCUGCGGGUGAAUGAUAUUUACGAAGGCAUGUCAAGAGAAACUGCUCCUUUAAUAACCACCAUGGGGAUUUCAGGGGAUGUGCCUUUGGUGGACAGUGUUUUUGGAAAAGUCCAAGAAGGGAGUUUACUCUCUUAUCAACUUCCAGCAUGGAGCCCUCCAAAGACCUGUCCACAUACCACCGCACCACCACGACCAUCUUUACCCCUUGAUGGCUACUGUCUGGGUCCCUCAGAGUGCUGUUUUGUGUUGACUCACCAUCAGCAGCUACACAUGACUUCUCUAGCGACAACAGAGGUCAUGGCACACCAAAUUGAGAUGGGCACAAGACAACAAAGCUCAAUGAAAGAAUGGCAUUUAUUGAGAAAGCCACGUGUGACUUCUUCUAGAUUCAGAGAAGUUUGCCAUGUGAGAGGGCAGUCCUCAGCGGAGAGUCUAGCAGUAAGAAUUUUGCGGUCUGGCUUUCAGUCUGCAGAAAUGAAGAGGGGCGUUCAGAUGGAGCCCAAAGCUAUUGAAGAGUACGGCUGCAUUCAGGAGGUAAAUCACUACCCUUGUGGUUUUAUCAUCCACCCCGAUGCACCUUGGCUUGGCUCAUCACCAGAUGGGUUGGUGUAUGACGCUAAAGCGAAUCCUGUGUUUGGACUGGUGGUUAAGUUAAGUGCCCAAAUUUGAGAAGUUAUGUGGACUGUGCCUACCUUAGGGUCUCUGGUGGAGUGCUACAGCUCAAACAGUCUCAUACUUAUUACUGGCAGGUGCAGGGCUAACUACUCAUUUCCGGGUUAAAGUGGUGUGAUUUUGUUGUAUACACUGAAGACGACAUGUUCAUACAAAGAAUAUACAGAGAUGAGGGAGUCAUUGAAACAAUCAAGCAAAGGGUUGAUUACGUUUACUUUUAUCUUCCAACACUUUUGGCUUGAAAUGUUCAGCUAUUCAGUUAUUUCAAUCCAUUCAAUCAAUCAAUUUCCCUCAAUUUGUACAUAUCUUUUGGCCCAUGUUUUAUUUUGAACUGUUUCCAUAAAGAUACAGGUACUACAGGAUCUGUUGUCAACUUAUUAAAUUAUAUAUUUUCCUAUACAUGUUAUUUGUUUGUGUGUGUGUUCUAAAUUUAUACUUCAUUAGUACUUAGUGAGUGUGUGUGUGUAUAUAUUCAUUGUAUAUAUAUGGAAAUGAUUCAACUGUGUAUAUAUGGGAAAUUAUUUUUUAUUUGUCACAUGCAUGAAAUGCAGACUUUUACAUUAUA